CAUAGGCGAGAUGCUUGGUUUAUUUCGUCUGCUCCAUAUAGCUUACGACCCUACUGAAUUAGAUCUUUCCGAAAUGAAGAAGACGGCUAAAAGAGUACUCGAAGACCAAGGCUCUGGUAGCGGAAAGUAUUCAUAUGGCACAACGGGAUUUGGGGUAAUAGCCAUGACUAAAGACGAGGAUAUGUUGAAGAGAAAAACGCUGCUGGACUUUAAUCUCCAGGUUGACGAUUGUGUGAGGCAAUUGGGCAGCCACGCGAUUGAGGUUCUAGACGUUUACUAUAGCGAUGGAAGUGUUUUGAAUGUUUUGGGAGAAGAAAGGGAGCGCUUAACGAAAACAGAAUAUAACAUCCUUAUUGCAGGCGAAAGUAGCGCCGGAAAAAGUAGUUUAGUCAAUCUUAUUCUCGGCGAAGAGCUUCUUCCACAUCACAAUCUCACUACCACCUCCACAAUAUGCGAAGUAAAAUAUGGGGAGAAACGAGAAUUGAUUGCUCACUAUAACUACGAUGAGGAACAAAGGAUGCCCAAACCUGAAAUACAUCCGUUGAGAACAAAAGAAGAAUGCGGCAAAAGUUACUGUGAACAAAUCGCUCCCUUCGUGCAAAGGAAGCCCAACGAAAGAUCUAAAUAUACUAGAGUAGAAAUCUUUUGGACGCAUGAAUUACUUGAGGAAGAAAUUGUUAUUGUCGAUAGUCCAGGCCUGGGUGAAUGUGAUGAAAUGGAUGCAGUUCUGAUGAAUUAUCUUCCGAAUGCUUUUGCGUUCAUUUAUGUUCUUGACGUUUCCCGUGCUGGAGGAAUACAGAAAGAUAUCAAAGAGAAGUUAAGGAACAUCUUAAAAAAGGUGAAGUCAUCUGAUGGCGGCGUUGAGACCCUUCACCAUUUAGCCGAAUGUUCGCUUUUUAUCUGCAAUAAAUGGGAUCAAGUAAAAGAGGGAGAAAGGUCAGCAACGAAGAAUCAUGUCGUCGCAAAGUUAAGAGAGUGUUGGGAAGAUUCAAAUUUGAAUCAUCAAAUUGUGUACAUGUCAAUAACAGAGGCCAUCGAAGUACAGGAAUAUGGCGGAGUCACAGAAGAGUUCAAUGAUUUACUCCAAAAAAUUAAGACGAUGGUUUUGAGGGCAAUAAAUAUUAGGUUGUACAAUCACUGGCAGUCGUUAUAUGCAUUGCUGUAUCAAAUUUAUAGAGUAACCUACUUCUUCAACCAAGAGGUGCAAUCAACUCACCAAGAAACCCGUGAACGAAUGGAAGAAAUCGAGAGACGCAUCGAAAAGAUUGAACGAAAAGAGCAAGAUGUAAAGAGAGAAAUGGAGGAAAGAGUGAAAACUCAGACCAAAGUUCUCGAAGCCAAACUCGAAGUUUAUAUCUACUCGAUGGAUUUCAAAACGAAAUUCUGCUCUUGGACGAAUUGUGAACUUCCGAGGGAAGAAAUAACUUGGGAAAUGACAAAGAGAAACAUCAAAGAAGCAAUUGAUAGCCGAUUCAAAGAAUUGCUCAUUGAGUGGGAAAAUGGCCAUCAAGUUUAUGCUGAAAUUCAUAGGGAGAUUCUGGACGAAUUUCGUAAAAGUUUGAAUCUUUUGGAGGAGGAACUCGAAGGUGUUGAUAAAGCGAUGUAUAGUGUGGACAGACAUGCUUAUCAUUCACGGAACAAAAAUAAAAUUCCCUUAAAGGCGAAAGUUAUCUUCGGAGUGAUUAGUCCUCUUUUGAUUCCAUUCGGUGUGGCGGGUUUGGUGAUUGGUAUGCCAGUUUUGGGAGCAUUGGGUAUAAAAGGUAAAGUUGAUAAAAAAAAGAAGAUUCACAGAUUUAUAAACAAUCCGCUUGAACAACUCAGAAAACGAUCCGAAAAAUUUUUGGAGCAACUUCCAAAAGAUACGUGUUACAAUAUGCCCAACGCCUGAUGGAGAACACCAGAAUGGUGC